AUGAGUGUUAAUGAGGUACCUGUCGAUCAAAGACUGGAAAAUGAUCAUGUUCAAAAUAAUAAUGGAACCAGUAAAUUAUUUGACGAGUUAGUUGCAUCUUCUAAGAAUUUACCUUCGAGCUCUUCAGAUUUGGGGCUUAUCCAGUUAAGUUACGACGAAUUGAUCUUAAGAGCCAAGAAAUUGAGGAACGAAGCACAUAAUGGGAGUGCAACAAAAAAUUAUACAAAAGCACACUAUCUGUUAGCUGGGAGUGGUAUCUCUAUGGAAGAAUUUGAUAGUCUAUAUGAUACUCUGAGAACUGACAUGUCACAAGAAACUCAAAAUAAAAAUUUAAAGAUACAUCCUAUCAGUGAUGUGUCAAGUGUAGCUUCAAAAGAGCUUAAUAAAGCUCAAGAACAAUCAGAAUUUAGACAAAAUAACAUUUUAUAUUCCAUUGAAAAAUUACUGUCUACUACUGAAAAAGAAUUUGAUUAUUCUAUUAACCAAGUUUUGAAUUUAGAUUGGGACCAAAGAAAGGAGGAAGUUGAAUUAAAUUUCAAGAAAAUGCUAAAGAGUAAAAACAUUUAUAAUAGCAAUCGUAAAGUUAAUAAUGAAGUCAACCAUUUCUCUUCUCCAAAUUCACAAUCAAAUUUUGAUGUUAAUGAAAACCAACUAACAAGAAUGAAAUUCGAAAGAUAUGCUUCAAUUAUAUAUGUAUUCAAUAAUAAUAGACAAAACAAACAGCCUUUUUCAUUAAUUGAUGAGUACAAUAACUUCUUACCUUCAUUAGAUAAUGAAAAUGACAAAAAUAUGUUGAAAUGUUGUAAAAUAUUGAAAUCUAAAUUGAAUAAUAACAAUGUUGUUGAAGAUUCAAAAAUAUAUCUAGAAAAUGAAUUUAAACAAUAUUUAAAUACUAUAUCCAUUCAAUUUUCGAGACCUGAAUUCAACUUCUCAAGUAAUCCAAUUUUACAAGCAAAUAUCGAAAGAGCAAUUGUUUUUUUGAAUAUGAAACUUAAAAAUAAAAAAGGAAAUUGGACGAUAAACAAUUUAACAGUUAUUGAUAACGUUCCAGUAUGGGCUUUGGUAUUCUAUUUAAUGAGAGCAGGUUUAUUGGAAGAAGCUUUGGAAGUCUUAAAUAAAAGCAAACCACAUUUGAAAAAAAUUGAGCAGCCUUUCCUAGCUUACUUUAAAGCAUAUACAUUCUCAAAAGAUAGGAAAUUACCAUUGGAAUUUGUUGCUAAACUAAAUUCAGAAUUCAAUCAACAUAUUAAGAAUUCAUUUGACGGAGAUCUCUUUAGGUUGGCUGUUUAUAAAAUUAUUGGUAAGUGUGAUUUAUCUAGGAAGUCUAUACCUUCAGUUCUACUGACAGUUGAAGAUUGGGUUUGGUUCCAUUUCAUUUUAAUUACCGAUCCAACUGAGAGCAGUUAUUCUGUUUAUGAAUCUUUCUCUUUAGAAGAAUUCCAAAAUAUUACAAUGUCACAUGGACCAAACAAACUUGGUAACAAUUACUUAGAAGUUUUAAUAUUAUGUGGUUUAUAUUCUGAAGCAGUUCAAUAUUUAUCUGAGUUCGAUGAAAUUAACAGUGUCCAUUUGUAUAUAUCGUUAAUUGAUAAAAAAUUGAUAGAUCACCAAAAUAAGUCUGGAGUUAAUGGUAUUAAUUUUGCAUCAAUCAUAAAUUCGUACAUUCGAUCAUUUAAAUUCUCAGAUCCUAGGAUUGCAGCUGAAUAUAUUACGUUAAUUACUCUAUGUAAUGAUAAUGAACAGCUCGAAUUAUGUAAAGAAGCCUUUUUACAUUUGGUUUUGGAUACGAAAGAAUUCACAAUAUUAUUGGGUAAGGUUAAUAGAGAUGGGGUAAAGCUUCCUGGUGUUUUAAGUCAAAGACUCGAGUUGUUAAAAUUAGACAAUCCUGAAAAGUUUAUAAAUGAGGUCAUUCAAAGGGCAAUUGUUCAAGCUGAUGAAGAAGAGAGAGUAAGUGAUAGUCUAUUGCUAUGCCAACUUUCCAAACAGUAUGAUAUGGUAAUAAAAAUAAUUAAUGAACAAUUAAGUGAAUUAUUAAGUGAAUCAGAAUUGGAUAGUAACUUAGUUCAAAUUGUGGAUAAUAUUGAAACUAAUGCUAUUUUGUUUGCUGAAAAUUUGGUUUUGCAAUACUCUAAAGAUGCAGAAAUAAUUGCUAAAAUUGACAAUAAAAGCUUUAAUACUACUAAACUGUUAAUAAAGAUUUCAAAAGCUAGGGCUCUAUUCACGAAAGAGAAUUGGCGUGAAUGCCUUUCCGAGAUCGAAGCUCUAAAUAUUAUCCCACUUCGCAAUGAAUUAGAAGCUUCAAAAGGUGCUCAUUCAUUACCAACGCUAGAUAAAUAUCUAAUCAAGAACAUUCCAAAUAUUUUAUUGAUGGUAAUGACAUGUGCUAAAAGAAUAUAUGAGAAUACUAAUAGAAUAAUCAAGCAACACACUCAAGCCACUAAUGAUAUUGAAGAACUGAAGAAAAUAACAAGAAACUGCAUGAUAUAUGCAGGUACCAUUCAAUAUAAGAUGCCUAGAGAUACAUAUAGAGCACUAACCGUUCUGGACCUGAAUCGUGAAUACAUAUAUUAG